CCGGGCGGGGCAGGCAGCCCGGGAAGGGGAGGGAGGGGCGGGGCACGGCGCCAGCCCGGAGGCCGAGCCCUCUCCGCCCCACCCCGCAGCCGGCCUGCCGGGGGCGUCGCCGCAGCCCCUCACUCCCACCCCCACCCCAGGCCCCGUGCCUGUUGGGGACCCUCCACGUGACUCGGUGAUGCAGAACGGUUAUGACCUUCAGCGUGUGUCUGUGAGGGUCCCAACAACAGUGCGGGUUUGCGCCCGGCCCUGCCUGUGGGUGCGGGGACGUGUGGGUGUGUGGGCAUGUGUGGGUGUGCUGGGGAGGCUGCCCAGCGACAUGUGACAAAGGCUCCCGUCUCUGGGAGAUGGUGAAGGGGCCCGCGAGCUGGCGCUUUGUCUGGCUGUCUGCAGAGUGACGGUUCGCGCAGCGGCGGCGGGCGCCCGUGCGGUGCAGGAUGCCGGGGCGCCAGGGUGGCCGGGGGCGCGCGCGCCUGUGCCAGGGUGAGUGCGCUGCGGCGGCGCCGGGGGACUGCGCGGCGGGCCCGCGCCGGCCCGGGCCUCGGGCGUGACCGGGAGCCACCCGUGGGCGCUGCGGUGGCCGCGUGUCCCCGUGACCUCGGGAGCCAGCCGGCCCGGGUGGAUCCCCGUGCGCCCCUCCCUGUCCGCCCUCCACGUGCGUGUCCGCGGAGCGCGUGCUCGCCGGCGCGCGCCCGCCUGCCUGUCGCCGCCGCCGCCGCCGCGAGCCGCCGGGAAAAGGUGCCGGGAACCGAGUGAGCCGGGGCCGCGGGCCCGAGCGCCAUGGGCAGGAGGGCGCGCGGCGGGCGGCCGGUCAGCUCCUGGCCUCGCCCCCGCGGGAGAGCCGCCUGGAGUCGGCGGGGGCUGGCCAGGCCCACGGGGAGGCCGGCCCGCGCCCCCUGAGCUACAGACACCAGGCCAGGCUCUGGGAGCUGGCCCUUGGGACUGGGCCGCGGGCACAGUGGGCACCCGCCCCCGCCCCACCUGUGCCUGGGCUCUGGCCCUUCCCUACAGGGCGCUCACCAUGGCCCCCCCACUCCUGCUGCUGCUGCUGGCCAGUGGAGCGGCCGCCUGCCCACUGCCCUGUGUCUGCCAGAACCUGUCCGAGUCGCUCAGCACCCUCUGUGCCCACCGAGGCCUGCUGUUUGUGCCGCCCAACGUGGACCGGCGCACCGUGGAGUUGCGGCUGGCUGACAACUUCAUCCAGGCCUUGGGGCCGCCAGACUUCCGAAACAUGACGGGGCUGGUGGACCUGACACUGUCCCGCAAUGCCAUCACCCGCAUCGGGGCCCGCGCUUUUGGGGACCUGGAGAGCCUGCGCUCCCUGCACCUGGAUGGCAACAGGCUGGUUGAGCUGGGCGCCGGCAGCCUCCGGGGCCCGGUCAACCUGCAGCACCUCAUCCUCAGCGGCAACCAGCUGGGCCGCAUCUCGCCUGGGGCCUUCGACGACUUCCUGGACAGCCUGGAGGACCUGGACUUGUCCUACAACAACCUGCGGCAGGUGCCCUGGGCUGGCAUCGGCGCCAUGCCCGCCCUCCACACCCUCAACCUGGACCACAACCUCAUCGACGCGCUGCCCCCGGGCGCCUUCGCCCAGCUCAGCCAGCUCUCCCGCCUCGACCUCACCUCCAACCGCCUGGCCACGCUGGCCCCCGACCCGCUCUUUUCCCGGGGCCGCGACGCGGAGGCCUCGCCCGCCCCCCUGGUGCUGAGCUUCAGCGGGAACCCCCUGCACUGCAACUGUGAGCUCCUGUGGCUACGGCGGCUGGCGCGGCCCGACGACCUGGAGACGUGCGCCUCCCCGCCGGGCCUGGCCGGCCGCUACUUCUGGGCCGUGCCCGAGGGCGAGUUCUCCUGCGAGCCACCCCUCAUUGCGCGCCACACGCAGCGCCUCUGGGUGCUGGAGGGCCAGCGGGCCACGCUGCGGUGCCGGGCGCUUGGCGACCCCGCGCCCACCAUGCACUGGGUCGGCCCCGAUGACCGGCUGGUUGGCAACUCCUCCCGAGCCCGGGCUUUCCCCAACGGGACCCUGGAGAUUGGGGUGACGGGCUCUGGGGAUGCCGGGGGCUACACCUGCAUUGCCACCAACCCUGCCGGGGAGGCCACAGCCCAGGUGGAGCUCCGGGUGCUGGCCCUGCCCCAUGGCGGCAAUGGCAGCGCGGAGGGGGGCCGCCCGGGGCCCUCGGACAUUGCUGCCUCGGCCCGCACUGCUGCCGAGGGCGAGGGGACACUAGAGUCUGAGCCAGCUGUGCAGGUGACGGAAGUGACCGCAACCUCAGGGCUGGUGAGCUGGGGGCCGGGGCGGCCAGCAGACCCCGUGUGGAUGUUCCAAAUCCAGUACAACAGCAGCGAGGACGAGACCCUCAUCUACCGGAUUGUCCCGGCCUCCAGCCACCACUUCCUGCUGAAGCACCUAGUCCCUGGUGCCGACUAUGACCUCUGCCUGCUGGCCCUGUCACCCGCCGCUGGGCCUUCCGACCUCACAGCUACCAGGCUGCUGGGCUGUGCCCACUUCUCCACGCUACCGGCUGCACCCCUGUGCCACGCCCUGCAGGCCCACGUGCUGGGCGGGACCCUGACCGUGGCCGUGGGGGGCGUGCUGGUGGCUGCCUUACUGGUCUUCACUGUGGCCUUGCUGGUUCGGGGCCGGGGGGCCGGGAAUGGCCGCCUUCCCCUCAAGCUCAGCCACGUCCAAUCCCAGACCAAUGGAGGCCCCAGCCCCACUCCCAAGGCCCACCCGCCAAGGAGCCCACCACCUCGGCCACAACGCAGCUGCUCCCUGGACCUGGGAGACGCCGGCGGGUGCUACGGCUACGCCAGGCGCCUUGGAGGGGCCUGGGCCCGGAGGAGCCACUCUGUGCACGGGGGGCUGCUUGGGGCAGGGUGCCGGGGGGUUGGGGGCAGCACGGAGCAGCUGGAGGAGAGUGUGGUGUGAUGGGAAGGGAGGCGGCCCGGGGCGAGCCGGGGUCAGGGCAGAGGGCGUGGGGCGGGCAGCUGCGGGGCCCGGUGGGUCAGCACUGCCUGGGAGCCCCUCCUGAUUUUACCCUUGGUACCUCAGGCCCCCUUUGUACCUGGCAGGACAGGGGGCCCUUUCCCUGGUUCUGGCCUCCAGACCCGCGUUCCUCCGACAGGUGCUCACAGCCACCGAGGCAGGGGGCUGCAGCCACCAAGCGGGAGUCUUGUUUUUCUUUAUAAUAAAAUUGUUGGGUACACCUCA